AUGCGCGCGAUUUCGCCCUGUCGUGUUCUCCGCCGCCGUCAGCCCUGGGCUGCCCUGGCUCCCAAGGGCUUGUGCUUUGGCUCAUCCGCGGACGCUGCAGGGAGAGGUCAAAAGGCGGAAAGGCGGAAAAGGCGGGGAGGGCGGACAGAGAACCAAGCGCAGCAAACCAGUGGGGCCGAGAGCAGAUCGAACUCGGAGGGGCUUCUCGCGUCUCGACCAAUCCGAGAGAAGCUACUAGAUUCCGAACUCCCCCUUUGGGAAGACGAGUGGAGUUUACGACCACUCGUGUCGGAAAUCGUGGAGACCACCGACUUGUCGAAUCUCAAGAUAUUCCCCUCGAAUAUCUCAGGAACAUACAAAGGCACAUGGGAGGUCGCGCGGAACUCCUCGUCUUCGCGAUUCCCGCUACAGAAGAACUCUGGAAAUAUUAUUUUCCAAUUAAAGACCAGCAGCACGGCCCGUCCCGAGGUUCACUAUGUCCAUGGAGAGGUGGUGUUGCGGGACGGCAUGUACAUUAGCGAUGGAGACGUGCAUAUGAAGCUCGAAGGAGUCUAUCUGCGCCCCUUCGGCCACCUUAGAAUGGUUCUCAGCAGCUCGGCGGGUGCGGACUCCACAGAAGUGGACGAAGAGAGCACCGCCAGCGGCUACCAGCUGGAGCUGCACGACUCGAGUAAACGAGGCCAGGGAUCACCAGAUCACACAGCGGUGGUGGAGAUGGCGCGCAACUGCAAGAUCAGGAUGAUCACGCACGUCUCACCUGCCGUGUGGGAGUGGCGAAACGGCGUGCAGGAGCACGUGCCGAGCCAGAUGCAGGGAUUCGUAGAAAGCGUGCAGGAGGACAGCAGCAUCAACUACACGCUCAUGGUCACCUUUAUCUCCUUUCUGCAAGUGCUCUUCAUCAUUCGGCAAAUGGAGCACAGCAACACACAAUCAGGAGCAGCCAAGGUAUCGAUGCUGAUGGUGGGGCAGCAGGCCAUCAUGGAUGCGUACCUCUGCUUGCUGCACCUCACAGCUGGAAUUGUAGUGGGAGCGGAAUCCCUAUUCAAUGCAUUCGCCACUGCUGCGUUCUUCAAGUUUGUCAUCUUCUCCAUCUUCGAGAUGCGCUACCUGCUCGCCAUCUGGAAGGCCCGCCGCCCCGCACAGUCCUCGGAGAGCUGGGACCUGAUGCGGCGGGAGCUGUCGAUUCUCUACUCGCGCUUCUACGGAUUCCUCCUAGGCGGAAUCCUCCUGAUCUACCGCUUCAGCACGGCGCUGCGAUACCUGCUGCUGCUCUUCUACUCCUUCUGGAUCCCCCAGAUAGUCACAUCCGUUAUAAGGGACUCGCGCAAGCCCCUGCACGUGCACUACAUUCUCGGCAUGUCCGCCACGCGCCUUGCCAUCCCGCUCUACAUUUUCGGCUGCCCGAAAAACUUCAUGCGUGUGGAGCCGAGCCCGGCAUGGUGUGCGGCGCUGAUCGCGUUCAUGGGCGCGCAGGUCGCGGCGCUGCUGCUGCAGCACUAUUUGGGGCCUCGCUGGUUCAUUCCCAAACAGUUCCUGCCGGAGAAGUAUUCCUACUUCCGCCGCGUGUCGUGCCUCAUGCGCCAGAGCAGUGACACGGAUGACAGUGGGCAGGCAGACUGUGUCAUCUGCAUGACGCCCGUGCCCAUCACCUCGCACUCCAUGGACCGCAUGGUGACCCCGUGUGACCACAUGUUUCACACGGCAUGUCUGCAGCGAUGGAUGGACAUCAAGAUGGAAUGCCCCACCUGCCGCCGCUCCCUCCCCCCGUCUGAUACCCUUCCCUCCUCCUUCACUACCUCCUUCGUGUGA